CGGACAAAUAAUUUCACAGUCUUCGUUUUGAUAAUUACUUAUCUGAUUUGGAUGAUUUAGACGUGCGCCAGAGUCUGUGCUGUAUGGCCCUGCUCUCCCCACCCCCAUUACAAAUCAAGAGAAAUUCUGCCGACCGUAGACGUACUCUAUACUCAACACAUUAUUUUUUACCAUGCGCAUCUCUUGGACGUCGAGGUGACACGAUACGAUACCAGAUGACCGUUGCCAGUGCAGUUAGGUCUCGUCAAACAUUCUAGACACGUAAUUUUUGUAAAAAGACCGAAGUAGUCUGAUAGCGAAUAAAGCAACUCGAGUUAUCUUUCUGCCUUUCUACACAUAACGAUAAGUAGUACGACACAACAAGGCGUUUAUUUCCGUCACAGCCUCACUGCCUUCCAUCGCGUGUGUAAGGCGUCUACGGUCUCUCAAUCUCAACUAGGCAAAUAUUCGCAAUGUCGUGUCAUCAGCCAGGAAGGACUAUGAAAAGCGACAACGCGAAAUGGAGCUCCGGGCAUCCUCCACACAUUUGCGCAGCGACAAGCAGUUAGUAUCGCUCUGUCACGAGGACGGGGUAGGUUUCGGUUUCUCGCGAAAGAACCUCUACCUAGGGCACGCUGGCCUAUCGGAAGUGCGUACUUAGACUGCAAAGCCAGGAAGCGACAUAGCUACUAGGACGCCCGGCAGGAGACCACCCUGCGGUGAUUAUGGGCGGUGCGGUGGGGCAGCAGAAGAACGCGGAGGCGCGAGCGCUGAAGAGCAAGCAGGCGGAGCUUGGUUUUUUCCGAGACACGCAGGAGCGGCGGGACAUCGAGUGGCGGGACCGGCCGGAUGCGGAGGUAGUGGUGGGCGAGGCAACGCACCCCGAGUGGGAGCAGACCGACAGUAUCGUGUUCUCAAAACCGGUAUCAAAUGUAAAAAUGUCUGGGUCUGGAAGAAUGCAUGUUUGUCCUGCUUGUCUGGCAUGACUCUUAAAUCUGUCAUGCACAUUGCCCAAAAGACGUUUUUUUCUGUCAUGCGGAGACGCAGUUUGUCAUGCAGAAUAGGCAACACCUACAACCUCAGAAAUUUGUCAUGCUGAGCCAGCACUUGUGGCCUCCUCAUGCUACGCCACUCAGCAUCACAAGUUUCCAGACCCAGACACUUUUACAUUUGAUAACCGGUCGACUUCGCGAAGAAGCAGCAGCGGCAGUAUUACAAUGAAAAAUGCCCCCACCCCAAGCUUGGCAGCAUUUGUAUUGCAAACCUUUCCAACAGAAACAUUCCCCGUCUUGCAUAUCUCAGCAUCACAAAUUUGCCAUGCUGAAUAGCUCAGAUUUGUGUUGCGAAGGAGCCCAACAGCAGCCGGAUCUGUUAUGGACAAGGCACCUUGCGCACCUAGAUUCUGCAUCAGAGAGGCUCGCAAUCCUUUUAUGCAAGACAAAAAGCUUUCAUUUGGAAACUUUGCAUGACAAACUUCUGCGAAUUCCGGGUUGGGGGCAUUUUUCAUCGUAAUAGGCAGGGCCGGUUCUUUUCCAAGAUGUAUCGGUUCAUCGGCACCUGGAAGGUGGACCAAAACUGCCUCUUCCUCCGCUGGGACGGAAAGGACGGCCAGAUGGAUGUGCUCCGCGCGGAGCGGAUAGAAAUCGAGUUCGCGAACUAUGGCGUUGGCAAGCGUUUUUAUUUACAUAGAUCGCCGUCAAUUGUACGUGAAUCCUACUCCAUUUGUGAUGCAAGAUUAGCAAACGCUAAAAGGGUCUUGCGCCUCCAGCACCACAACGAACUUCGGCACGGAUUCUCACGUUGUUGAGCGCGUUGAAAGCUUAGCUUGCACAAAAACCUGGGCCACAUGCAGAUGAACGCGACACAGGUUCUGCAUGACAGGAUCCACGUAACAGCGAUCCAUGUAAUAUAACGUUUGAGGGUGCCAUACGAACCCACAGACCAAGAUGAUGGUCAAGGUUACGGAACCUAACGUCUUGCCGUGGUGGUUCACACCCGACUGCGUGUCGAAGCGCUUCGAGCGCUCGGACGAAUCUCUGAAGAACUUCGAGUGCGGCGUCUGUUACUUCGAGCUGUGGAAAGCCCGCGGAGCAGCAUAUCCUAUUGCACGACUCCGCCUACUGCUUCGUGGACCCGCCUCGGCUGUCAUGCAGAGUGAAACUAAUACACAUUGAUUUGUGCAAGUGCGUGUAGUUGUGCUGUCACUUCAAUUUAUUUCGGCCUGUCUGACAACGCUGCCUUGUCGCACUACAUUGUUUGAAAGUCCUCUGUGCCUUUACAAAAUAGAAUCAAGCGUCCCUUAAUGUCGUGCGUGAGCGUGUGACUUUCGUUUUCCGUGAUUUACUUCAAAUGUGGGUGAAAAGCACGGCGAGUUUUGCGCGCUCAUACUGCAAUGCGAAGGUACACACGCCGGGUAUGCGAGCAUUACAUACACUACGAGUGUGCUGCGCAUUUGCUGGAAGAGGCUCGGACAGAACACGGUAAGAUUUUCCGCACUUUAGGCUGCGAUGCGGUUCUACAUGAUUUUGAUUUAUUGUGCUCCUGCGCGUACUAUUUUCUAUAACGACGUUUUGUACGUCGUUUUGGUCUUCAUACAUUUUCAAGCUCAAUUUUGUGCAGGUCGAAACGAAGCAGAGUGCCCGGUGUGCGGUGCAAGAUUUAAUGAGGUCAAAGAAAUUUACGAUACAGAACGAGCUUCGAGAAGUAAGUCUUUUUGCUUUAUUCAAUCAAACUCACUGCGGUGCAACGCUGCAUGCCUGAAUGCUGCGGAAAAUGGUCGCGAUUUGCGAGCAGCAAAGUUUCGAUUCCGAUCUCGAUCGUCAUGUAUGACCACGCAGUUAAAUUCUGCAAUGUGGUAGUUUUGAAAAAAUGCCAAAAGUUCGAGUAAAGUCUUGCCUCUGGAAGCUUUUCUAAGCAUAUUUUGCCCGAUAUUUUGAAGGAUCCGCGGGGGUGGUUUCAGAUCGUUGAUGCGGAUUACGGUGGCGAGUUGAAUCGAGUCGAGGUGCUGAACGGGUUGGGUACUACGAUGCCCAUCUCCCGCGAAAAACUUGAAGAUGCAAUAGAAAAUCACUGGCACGAAUGGGAUCCCGAUGGUACUACCACAACAUGAAUAAAUCUCAUCUACGUCGCAGCUACCAUCUGUUGCUAAUCGGAUCCGCUUGUUCAUCUACUCCUGAGUCGUAUGUGGAAGAAUAAACUGAACAAACUUUAUUUGCAGAGUGGGUAGAUAAGACCCGACGUCGUCCCGAGUUCGUUGCGCAGUCAGAUAUACGAGAAUGAAUGCGUCGGUUGAAAGGAAGAAACUCGUUCCACAGGUUCUGGCACAAUCACGGCGCGCGAAUUUAUGCUUGCGGGUAACGGGUUGAAGGACUACAUCGUGCGGCACAUCAAGGAGCUCGAGGGAAAGACGUCGGGCAAGGGCAUGGCCAUUCUGGACAUCCCGGACCUGGAUACCCACCCCCUUGAGUGGUUUGAGUACUGGGACGCGGACAAUUCGGGCACGCUGGAACAGCACGAGAUGGUGCGCGCCUUCGUUCGCACCUUCUGCGUGACCAACUGGGGCGAGCCCAUCCUGCGUCGGGCCUUCGACAUGCGCAAGCUGGCGGUCGUGGUGUGGAGCGAGCUUGGGUUCCACGCUCUGGAUAGCAUCGACUUCGAGACCUUUCUGGAACCAGACGGCCUCGCCGUAUGAGAGUGGUGCACAACUAGCGACCCCUCUCCCUCGUUUGCCGAUUUUUCGUGCAUGAAAUAUAUACGGUUUAAUACAAUUACAAAUGAGCGAGAGGCGGGGCGGGAGGUGUGCACCACUCUCAUACGCCGACACAUUUAUUCACAAUCAAAUCCAUCUUAAUGCUUUCGGCACGGGUUCGCAGGGGUUUUGAGUCCGACGAGGAACACCAGCGAAACCGCAACUUUUGCCGUGCAAGCGCCUUCGUUGGCCUACUUGCGCCUGCCGAUAUCGUUGUUCUACGGUGUAAGAUAUGUUCCUUCUACUUCCUUGCAGCCGAAUUUGUCCAUGGUCUCGCUGGUGUCGAGCAGGCCGAAAGUGCUUAGGAAGACAUGCGUCGGGUGCUUGCGCUACGUUUGCAUUUCUCGGCGGUGGUCGGGAUGGGGGGUGACGCCGAGCCGCUGUUGCUGGGUGGGCGCCGCGGUUGUAGGCGGUGUGAUGCAGACGCGAGAGACGCGUAUCGGCGGGGGCCUCGGGAGAGGAAUUCGCACUGUGAUGUCCUCAGUACCUGCGAAAGGCAUUUCCUUGCUUCAAAAAUAAGGUGAUGUGCUGGAGCUGCACACUGCCGCUGCAUGCCAAGAUGAUUUGAAUUUACUAGCUUGGGAGGUCGGUGUGAUGACAAAUCUAGCGACACUAGAAGACGAAACCAAACUUAACAUGAGUGUUUUCGUUUCCUCUCCGCAUUGUUCGUGCUCAUGCGAAGCCGUGACCAUGGUUACUGGCUCGAGUCGGUCAUUUUUGCGUACACUUGUAAAGAAGUACUAUACGCGGCUCCGUACCAAAACCAAACGGGUAAUCGUCCUCACCCAGAGAAAUGAAUUGAUAUUUUUUCAAAUCGUACCCAAGUUUUUCGUUCGGUUAUUGACAUGUUUUUUCGGGUAAACAGUCUAUACGCAACUUACUGUAGCGGAACACAAUAAGUGCAAAGACGCAAGCAAAAAUGAACGUUCCCGCUAUUGCUCUGAUCUGCAACAAUCGGAC